AUGGCCUGUCAUGGUUGCCGAGACGAUUUAGCACGAUCGAAGGCGUGCGAUUGUCUUCAGGCUUGCACGAUAGGAAAGACCCCACCCUCCGUGGGCAACUGUUCACAGUACGCUGCGAGUUUGCUGAAAUGCGCAACUGACUUCGUCGAUCACAGCGAUUGCUGCACUCUGCAGGGAGUCUCCAGCAAAUGCCUUCCGCUAUGUUCCGGCGAUUCUUUCUCAACUGAUGUUGACUGCACUCCGUACGCGGUCACGAUCAUGGAAUGUUUUGUACGAGGGCACGAAGGCAGUCCGCAACCUGUACGAAAUGUCGAGUAUGAAGUUAUCGGAAGAGGCUUGCUGAGGGUGAAAUGGGAUGAUACUGAUGCUGGUGACACGUACCGUUACUACGCAGUUUACUACAAGAAGAGAGAUGAAGAAGGCGAAUACAAGAUGGAAAAACUCACCACACGCUCCGUGGAGCUGAACAUCGAGCCGGACACCGCGUACGACAUCGGGAUCAUUUCUGCCAAUGCCUUUGGCCAUAGUCCAUUGGUCUUCCUAGACGUACCGUCCACGAGCGUUGGAAAAUCAAAAUCAUCCUCGUCAGGCGGUUCAUCAGCAUUCUUUAUCCUCUUACUCCUUCUUUGCUGCGGAUUUGUCAUUAUCGGAAUCAUCUAUCUGGGUAGAAGGCGAGACCUACCAGCACCAUUUGGAAAACUGAUCCGACGACAGCCACCACCACGAGGACAUCCAACGGUUGCCUUCGAGAACCCUGCCUACGGUAGAGAUUUGAAUUUUAUGGAUUCCUUACAGCUCACGGCUUGCCAUAUUUGCGCGCAGCUGUGA